AUGGGGAGUAUCAAAAUAACUGUCUCGAAGGUCAACGGUCUUGAACGCAACCAGGCCGACCCCCAUGGGCCCCGCAGCGUGUACGUCCGCGCCCGCGCCGGCGCCGCGGCCGCGUCAGGCCCCGUCGGCCCCAAUUUUGACGGCAGCUGCCUGCAGCUCCCGGCGCCGCAGGGCGUCGCGGCUGAAGGCAACCUCGAUAUUGAGAUCGAGCUGUGGGAGAAGAGCGCGGCCGCGGCGGACGAGUUCCUUGGCCGCGCGACGGCGCGCGUCGACUUCCCGUCUGCACUGGCGACUGCAGGGGUCGAUGCUGACCUGCGGUCGCCGCUCAUUGCGCCUACUGGCGCACAGGCUGGUAGCGUCGAGUGGACGAUGCUGGUGACGGCAGCGGCCGCCGGGCCACCCGCGGUUCCGGCCGCGUCGGCGCCGCCGGCCGCGUGGCCGCCGGUCGGGGCGCCGCCGUCGCCGCAGAAGCAGCAGCAACCUGGCGCCUACCCUCCACAGCAGGCCGUGCCGCCCUCGCCGCAGCCGCAGCAGCAGCUCGGCGCCUACCCCCCGGCGCAAGCGACGUUGGGGGCCGCCGCAAUGGGAGCCACGGCAGCGGCGUCUGGUGCGCCCCGCGCCGACCCGCCGACGAAUCAGCAGCAGGGAUACCCUGGCCUGCCGCAGCCACAGCCCGGCUACCCCGCGCCACAAGCGGCGUACGCGCAGCAAGCCGCGUACCCACCCCAGCAGGGCGCAUACCCGCCGCCCGGAGGUGCACCGUAUGGUCAGGGUUCGCCGUACCCACAGCCUGGCCCGUCUGGGGCCCAGCAGGCCCAAGGAUACUUCCCUCAGGGUGCCCAGGGCUACCCGCCCCAACAGGGCGCCUACCCACCACAGCAGUACGCGCCCAUGCAGCAGCAGCGGCUCCCCGCCGGCUACCCCCCACCCGGCGGCCAGCAGCCGGCGGCGCCCGGCGGCGGGUACGGCGGCUACGCGGGCGCGCCGCCCGCGGCGGCUGCGGCGGCGGCGCCCGCAAAGCCCAGCGUGAUGGGCACAGUCGCCGCCGCGGGCGCCGGCGCCCUCGGCGGGGUGCUCGUGGGCAACAUGAUCGGCGCGGCCCUGUCUGGCCCCCACCAUUACGGCGGCGGUUACGGCGGCGGUUUUGGGGGCGGCUAUGGGUAUGGAGGCGGGUACCCCGGCGGGGAGAACGUCACAGUUAUUGACAACAGCACGACCACGUACGUCCAGGAGAACGUUGAUAAUGGGCAGUACAUCCAAGACACGCAGUACGUCGAUGCCGGGCAGCAGGACGGCGGCGGCUGGGUCCUGCAGGACGAUGGAGGGUUUGACGCGGGCGGCUACGACGACGGCGGCGGCGACUUCGGGGGCGGCGGCGAUUUCUGA